CGAACUCGUCAUCAUGGCCCCAGCCCUUCCAAACCCCGAUGAUGGAACGACGGCGACGACAACGGAUGCUGCUACUUCACUCUUACCGAUCAAUCAAGGUCCGCGCGUGAUAGUCUACCAUCAGACCCACCACGGCCCAAACGACGGCCCUCCCGUCUCCUUACUCCCGCUGCUCACACACGCAACCGGCGUGACCCACGUUAUCGUCGCCGCGAUCCAUCUCAACGAUCCACCCGGCUCCAUCACCCUCAACGACCAUCCGCCCAAUCAUGCCCGAUUCCAAACCCUCUGGGCCGAAACCGCCUGGCUCCAAGCCGCCGGCGUGAAAAUCCUCGGCAUGCUCGGCGGCGCCGCGCAGGGUUCCUAUGCGCGACUAGCCGGCGACACCGCCAGCUUCGAAAGCCACUACGUGCCCUUACGCGACAUGAUCCGCGCCCACCGGCUCGACGGGCUGGACCUGGACAUCGAGGAGCCCACGACGCUUGCCUGCGCGUAUCGCCUCAUCGAUCGACUCCGCGCGGACAUGGGUCCUGAUUUCCUCAUCACCCUGGCGCCCGUCGCGAGUGCCUUGUUAUCCGGCAAACAACCCCAGCUGUCUGGGCCCGACUUUGACUAUUUCGAGCUGGAGCGCGAGCGGGGCGCGCAGAUUGCGUGGUAUAACGCGCAGUUCUAUUGUGGAUGGGGCGAUGCGACUUCAACUCGGUGGUACGAUGCCAUCGUGCAAGGUGCCGGCUGGCCCGCACGAAAAGUCGUCAUGGGGCUCGUGACAAAUCCGGGGAAUGGUGCUGGCCAUGUAGAUUGGUCAGUCCUGGAGGGCAUCUUGCGGACGCUGCGGGUGAGGUAUCCCGAGUUCGGAGGAGUGAUGGGAUGGGAGUAUUUCAAUUCUCUGCCGGGUGAUCUGGCACGGCCGUGGGAGUGGGCGGCGCAGAUGGCGGCGACUUUGCGUACGGUUGUACCGCUGCCACCUCCUCUUCUACCUCCAGCGCCGCCACAGCCACCUGUUGCCUUUCCUCCUGAGAACAUCCAGACCUUGGUCGAUUUGGGCUUCAAUGAACAGCAGGCUGUUGCGGCGUUAAGGAUGACGGGUGGGAAUGUGGAAUAUGCUGCAGGUCUUUUGUUUCAGGAUUGAUGUCAUCACUGUUGGUUAUUUACGACACUGGCUCAAUUCUUCUGAUGAUAUCCAUAGACAUAUAAGAAUUGAUAGAAAAUCCACAUAGGUCUGGGUUUUUUUGGUGAUUGAAUUUGUUCGC